AUGUCCGACGUCUCCGUACAAUUGACUGCCCCGAAUGGGCGCACCUACACCCAACCCAUCGGCCUGUUCAUCAACAAUGAAUUCGUCAAGUCCAAGUCCGGCGAGAAGUUCGCCUCCAUCAACCCCUCAAACGAGACCGAGAUCACUUCGGUCUAUGCCGCCGGCGCCGAGGAUGUCGAUGUUGCUGUCGCUGCUGCGCGUAAGGCGCUCCGUGAUCCGUCCUGGAAGCUGCUGCCCGCGACGGACCGCGGUGCGUUGAUGAUGAAGCUGGCGGACUUGAUCGAUCAGCACAAGGAGACGCUAGCUACCAUCGAGACCUGGGAUAACGGCAAGCCAUACUCCGUCUCCCUGAACGAUGACCUGGGUGAGGUCAGCGGCACCAUCCGUUACUACGCCGGCUGGGCCGACAAGGUGACGGGCCAGACCAUCGGCACCACGCCCGCCAAGUUCGCCUAUACCCUGCGCCAACCGAUUGGUGUCGUGGGCCAGAUCAUCCCGUGGAACUUCCCGCUGGCUAUGGCUGCGUGGAAGCUGGGCCCGGCGCUGGCGUGCGGAAACACCAUUGUCCUGAAGCCGGCCGAGCAGACCCCGCUGAGCAUUCUGUACCUGGCGAACCUGAUCAAGGAGGCUGGGUUCCCUCCCGGUGUGGUCAACAUCCUCAACGGCCACGGCCGCGUCGCAGGCUCCGCGCUGGUCAGCCACCCGGGCAUCGACAAGGUGGCCUUCACGGGCUCGACCCUCACUGGCAAAGAGAUCAUGAAGAUGGCCGCUGGAACCAUGAAGAACGUCACCCUCGAGACUGGCGGCAAGUCGCCGCUGCUUGUCUUCCCGGACGCGGACCUCGAGCAGGCCGCCAAGUGGGCCCACAUUGGUAUCAUGUACAACCAGGGCCAGGUGUGCACGGCGACGUCGCGCAUCCUCGUCCACGACUCCGCGUAUGACAAGUUCGUCAACAUCUUCAAGGAGGUCGUAGCCAGCACGAGCAAGGUCGGCGACCCCUUCGCCGACGACACCUUCCAGGGUCCCCAGGUGACCAAGGCGCAGUACGACCGCGUGCUGUCGUAUAUCGAGAGCGGCAAGUCCGAGGGCGCAAAGCUGGUCUCUGGCGGCGAGCCGUACAAGAACGUCGGCGACGGGCGCGGCUUCUUCAUUGCGCCAACCAUCUUCACCAACGUGAAGGACAAUAUGCGCAUCUACCGCGAGGAGGUGUUCGGUCCCUUCGUCGCGAUCGCUAGCUUCACUAGCGAGGAAGAGGCCGUCACCCGCGCCAACGAUACCACAUACGGCCUGGGCGCUGCCGUCUUCACCCGUGACAUUGAGCGCGCUCACCGCGUUGCGUCAGAGAUCGAGGCCGGUAUGGUCUGGAUCAAUAGCAGCAACGACAGUGACUUCCGUGUGCCCUUCGGCGGUGUCAAGCAGAGCGGUAUUGGUCGUGAGCUUGGCGAGGCUGGUCUGGAUGCUUACUCGCAGGUCAAGGCUGUUCACGUUAACAUGGGCACUAAGCUGUAA